AUGCAUGUACGUGGGGGAUACUUUGGAUUGUUUGCCGUCUGUUUGUGCGGUGCAAUAGUUCUGUACCAGGCACAGGUGAGGAGUGACGUGGUGAAGGGAGCUGAUACAGGGGUGCUCGACAAAGACGCUCGGAGCACACUCGCAUCUCAUGAGCGGGAGACGAAGGAUGACGUGGCGAGGGAGGCUCGGGGUGCGAGAGGUCAGGAAAGCUCAGCUGCGAGAGAAGAGACAAACACUGCCAGCAAGGCUGUGGAGAUCUCUGACGUGGGCAGAGUCGAGUACAAGGAGUACGGGAGGCCUCAGUCUCCCCUCAUCGUCAUGAUCCAUGGAGCUUCUUCAAGCACCCAGGUGGUGCGCGAGUGGGAGAGGACGGCUGCGCUCCUGGGCUCCCGAGGCUUCUUGUACGUUGGACCUGACCCGUGGAAGGAGAUUGCUGACGUCCAGCCCCGAAAGAGCUCUUCCAGUGCAACUAAGAGCAUUCAGAAGGUUGUGGAUCGCAUCGUUGAGGACAAGAGUACGAACAGCUCAUUCACCAUCAUGGGCAAGAGCUGGGGGGGAGGACAAGCUCUGCGAUACGUGGCAAAGCACGAGAAUAAAGUCCAUAAGAUCGUGCUAGUUGCGCCAAUGGGGGGAGACGAGCCCUCCACCUGGCGAUCCCACGAGCGCCCCAAGAUCCCGGCUCUCCUGCUCUAUGCCGAGGACGACCAGGUGUUCCGUCCUCACCGCGUCAGCGUGCUCAAGAGCUUGUUGCCCAACUUGACGGUCAAGAUGGCAGCGAGCGGAGGACACAAGAUCCUUCCAGAGUUCGACGAGCAGAUCGCCAGCUUCGUAAAGAGGGAGGGGCACGCGGAGCUCAGACGAGGUCGAAGGUGA